AUGUAUGAUUACCCUAGCACUUCAUCGUCCAGCACUAGUAAAACGACAUAUCAUGUGUACCAUUUAUUGAUUCAUAUGUACCCAUUGCCACCCCCCAAUAUUUGUUUCGUGAAAAAAUGGACAAGUCCUUUUUUUUUGUCGACCUUUGAGCUUCCUCGACCACUUUGUGCCUUUUGUUUUCAUCAUUCUCACCAGCAGCACAAAGUAGAUUACCCCCGUCAAAAAUAUCUUGAAUUUAAUUUUUCUACCCGAAAAAUUAUAGAGAUUGGCGUCACCUCAGCUAUCCAUGGAAAGUUGAAUUUGGGGUAAUUUGUCAAAGUGUUGACAGUUCCGUCGUACGAGCUCCAGCAAGAACAUAAACAACUUUAUCGCCUGAAAACUCUGCAAACGCCCGCAGUGGUGUACGAAAAGUUCAAAACAACAUCAAGAAGCUGGGGCGACAUAAUUCCGUGUAUAAUCAAGCAGUAUAGCAGACAGAAGCAGCAAUCUUCAUCAUAGUAGAAAUUGAAAUGCUC